AUGGUGGCCGACGAUGAUUCCCCCCUUCUUCGCGACCACGAAAGAUCAGAGUAUGGCACCUUGGGCGAAGGUGCCUCAUUUAACGCCAAUCUGGGCACAGUAGAGGCAUUCGGGAUCAUAAUCAGCAUCGUGAUCGGGAGCGGCAUUUUCACCUCCCCAGGAUCAAUUGAUGCCAAUGUCCCAUCACCAGGGGCUGCGCUUGUCGUCUGGCUAGUGGGAGGGAUACUGGCCUGGACGGGGGCCGCGACAAUGGCAGAGCUCGGGACCGCGAUUCCUGGAGAAGGAGGUGUCCAGCCCUAUCUUCAGUACAUUUUUGGAGAGGUUUUUGGGUUUCUCGCAGCUUGGACUUGGAUCAUUGCAGUCGUUCCGGCCUCCCUGGCAAUUCUAAGCAUAGCGUUUGUCGAGAGCAUCUACUCUGCAGCUGGUAUCACGGACCAAUCCGGAGGAGUGGCACAUAAGUUCCUCGCAAUUUCUGUCCUGCUCGUCGUUGGUAUGGCGAAUUCGAUCAGUACACAGUUUAGUACCCGGCUCAACACGGCCUUUGUCACCACCAAGUUUAUAGCAAUCUGCCUAAUUGUGGCGGCGGGCAUCAUUGUCGUCCUGGCUCACAUUUCUGGCCAACCCGGAAAUCCAGAUCCACAGCCACAGGACUGGUUGACAAGACCUUGGUUCCACUCGAGAAAUCUUGUCAGGCCAGAUGGAACCGAGCUUGACUGGAGCAAGGUGGAUGGCUGGGAGAUGCUAGGCCAUUUUUCUACGGCUCUCUACGGUGCACUGUGGGCUUACUCUGGAUGGGACAAGGCAAUUUAUAUUAGCGCUGAGCUUUCCGCGCCGGCUUCUCAACUUCCGCGUGCUAUCAAUGCCGCACUUCCUAUCAUUAUUGUCAGCUUUGUCGCGGUGAACGCCGCGUAUUAUAUUAUGCUUCCAUGGAACGCCAUUUCCAUGACGGAUAGUGUGGCAGUGACGUCAUUCACUCACCUUUUCGGGCCCCAAGUGGGCAUUGCAAUGGCUGGUCUCAUUUGCCUAGUGAUGGCCGGCUCCUUACUGGGAAGCUCCUUUGUUGCCAGCCGUAUGGUAGUCGCAGCCGCGAAUUCCCACUGGCUACCGAAAUCCCUUGCGAGUGUUGGAGGCAUCGGGCUGCAAUCCCACGAAAACCGGGACUCAAGCCCUUCGUCCGCGUCCGGGCCAUUGCCGGCUUCGUCAGAUGCACCGGUUAAUGCGAUCAUCUUUUCCACUACAUGUACAAUCGUGUACAUUGCGUUUGGGAAUUUCCGGCCGCUGAUGACUUUGAAUGGCUUGGCUGAGUAUACGUUCUUCUUUCUGACAAUGGUUGGGGCUCUUGUCUUACGAGUUCGGGAGCCAAGUCUUCACCGACCGUAUAAACCUCUUGUGAUUAUCCCCGUGGUGUUUGCUCUGGUCAGCGGAUUUGUGGUUAUACGAGGCGCGAUAUUUGCCCCUUUGCAGGCGGCUGUGCUUGCCGUGAUCUGGUUGGUAGGAUUUACGUUCCACUGGCUCAGGAAGCGAUGGCUGGAGCGACAGGAAACCUUGAUAGAAAUUUCGCAGGACCUUGAGUAUAUCAAAUAG